AUGCCUCCCUCACAGAAUGGCUCACUCCAGCCUCCAGGGAUUAGGGUUGACCUCGAGGACGAAUCUUACCCCAAUAUCAACCCUUCUUCUCCAUCACCCAUCAUCACAUCUCAAACACUGAGCCCUGUCUCUGUAUUAUCACCCAAUCGAGACCGUUUAUCGAUCGAGCACUGGCCGAGUAACGAAGAUAGAAACUCCUACUCAGAUGGCCGGCCGUCGUCUUCACAGUGGGAUGCCGCCACGUUGCGAGAAAGAUCAGCCUCAUUUGCCUCGACUCAAAAAACAUUGCUACGGUCACGAGGGAAUUCCUCUGUGACAUCUGAGGUUGCCAAGUAUGUGACCUACGAUAAUGCCGCUCUUUCGGAGGCUCUUCAACCGGAGCCUCGAUAUGCCGAUGACUUUAAGGUCAAAGACAAUAAAUUUGCCUUUACCCCAGGUCAUUUGAAUAAAAUGCUCAACCCAAAAUCAUUACCGGCAUUCGUGGCUAUGGGCGGCCUCGAAGGACUGGCUCGCGGACUGCGAACAGAUUUGCAUGCCGGGCUUUCUCUGGACGAGACCGAUUUAUCUGGUCGUGUUACCUUUGAAGAUGCCACCCAACCAUCUUCCGAGAAAAAGCUCAGUCCAGUUGAUUUGAAUACAACGUCAGUCUCCAGUACAGGAGCACAGUAUGCUGACAGAACACGAACAUUUGGCCGUAACAAGCUACCCGAUCGCAAAACUAAUGGCUUCUUCAAACUCUUCUGGGAGGCUUACAAAGACAAAAUUAUUAUUUUGCUCACCAUAGCUGCCGUUAUAUCCCUUGCUCUUGGUCUUUAUGAGGCUCUGAGUGGUGGCUCAAAAGUUGAUUGGAUUGAAGGUGUCGCCAUCUUUGUUGCAAUUUUUCUAGUUACAAUUGCCACAGCUGGGAAUGACUGGCAGAAAGAGAAACAAUUCGCCAAACUUAACAGACGGAAAGAGGACAGGCAAGUCAAAGUCAUCCGUUCCGGAAAAGAGAUGAUACUAUCCGUAUACGAUGUCGUCGUCGGCGAUGUUAUGAAUAUUGAGCCUGGUGACUCUCCAGCUGCAGAUGGUAUACUUAUCUCUGGAUAUGGAAUCAAAUGCGACGAGUCUUCUGCGACGGGAGAAUCUGAUCAAAUGAACAAGACACCAGGACAGGAAGUAUGGAAACAACAUACCGACUAUACCAAAGUCAACGACCUCGAUCCUUUUAUCAUAUCCGGUAGCAAAGUUUUGGAAGGUGUUGGUACAUAUCUGGUCACUAGCGUUGGCCCGUAUUCUUCUCAUGGACGCAUCAUGGCAUCUUUACAAACGGCCAACGAGCCGACUCCCUUACAAGUCAAACUGGGAAAGCUAGCAGAUUGGAUUGGCUGGCUAGGAUCAGGUGCCGCCAUACUCCUAUUUUUGGUUCUCCUCAUUCGUUUUCUUGUGGAUUUACCGGAUAACCCUGCAACUUCUGCCGUCAAGGGCCAACAGUUUAUGGAUAUUCUUAUUGUUGCUGUCACUGUCAUUGUUGUGGCUGUCCCGGAGGGCCUUCCUCUCGCAGUCACUCUUGCUUUGGCGUUUGCGACUACUCGAAUGGUCAAAGAAAAUAAUCUCGUGCGCGUUCUCCGUGCAUGUGAAACAAUGGGGAACGCCACUGUUAUUUGUAGCGAUAAAACAGGAACCCUAACGCAAAACAAAAUGACGGUGGUUGCCAGCACUUGGGGCUGCGAUACACAAUCAAGUCAGCUGUCAAUUGACGAGGAAACAACACAUGAGCCCAAAACCACCAUUUCGGACCUAUUCAAAGGAUUCUCAAAAACGCUCAAGGGCCUUAUAAUUAAAAGCAUUGCCCUCAACUCGACAGCUUUCGAAGACGAGCAAAAUGGGACAGUGGAAUUCGUCGGUAGCAAAACCGAGGUUGCAAUGCUCCAACUUGCCAAGGACCAUCUCGGCAUGGACAUACGAGAAGAACGGUCAAAUGCAGAGAUUGUACAACUGUUUCCUUUCAGUUCCUCUCGAAAGUGCAUGGCUGCAGUAUACCGCGAUCCGUCCGUCGGCUAUCGGCUUCUUGUAAAGGGAGCUGCUGAACUGCUGCUAGCAUCAUGCACGUCGGUUAUAACAACGGACCCUGGUGACCACCCCGAUACGGUGCCUUUGACAGAGAAGAAGUAUCUCCAAGUCUCAGAGAAUAUUCAUGAUUAUGCCAAGAAUUCUCUUCGCACAAUCGGCAUGGUUUAUCGAGACUUUUCCUGCUGGCCACCAGUCGAGAAUAAUCAAAAGGAUGCCUCGCCAACGCCCGAGUUUGAAGAAAUUUUCAACAGUAUGACGUGGCUUGGUGUGGUAGGCAUCCAAGAUCCACUGCGACCAGAGGUCCCUGCUGCAAUCAAGAAAUGCAACAAUGCCGGCGUCCAGGUCAAGAUGGUCACUGGCGAUAACUUGGCCACGGCCACAGCCAUUGCGACAGCCUGCGGUAUCAAGACCGACGAUGGCCUUGUUAUGGAAGGACCUGAAUUCCGCAGGCUAUCUGACACGGAGCUGGAUGAGGUCGUAUCUCGUCUCCAGGUUCUCGCCCGAUCCUCACCUGACGAUAAACGGAUCUUGGUGGAACGGCUCAAGCAUCUGGGUGAGAUUGUGGCUGUGACUGGGGAUGGAACUAAUGACGGACCUGCACUAAAAACCGCAAACGUUGGCUUCUCCAUGGGUAUCUGUGGAACUGAAGUUGCCAAGGAGGCGAGUUCAAUCAUUUUACUCGACGAUAACUUCAAGUCUAUCGUUACGGCUAUCGCAUGGGGACGGGCAGUCAACGAUGCUGUUGCCAAGUUUUUACAGUUCCAAAUAACGGUCAAUAUUACUGCUGUCAUUCUGACUUUUGUAUCUGCCGUCUACAACGAAUCAAAUCAUAGUGUGCUCAGUGCAGUACAACUUUUGUGGGUGAACUUGAUUAUGGAUACAUUUGCUGCAUUAGCACUAGCUACCGACGGGCCAACCGACAAGAUCCUUGACAGAAAACCCACGCCAAAGGAUGCGUCAUUGUUUACAAUAACCAUGUGGAAGAUGAUUAUCGGGCAAUCCAUUUACAAGCUUGCCGUGACAUUCACCUUGUACUUUGCUGGGAGGAGCAUCCUUGGCUCUAUUCUAGACGGCGAAGAUACCCAGCUUCAGCUUGAUACCAUCAUCUUCAAUACUUUUGUCUGGAUGCAGAUAUUUAACGAAUUGAACAACCGCCGCUUGGACAACAAGUUCAACGUCUUUGAGGGCAUGUUUCGAAACUACUGGUUUAUGGGAAUCAAUUGCAUCAUAGUCGGAGGCCAGAUCUUGAUCAUAUUUGUCGGCGGUGUGGCCCUCGGAGUCACUCCGUUGAAUGGCGUACAGUGGGCUAUUUGUCUUGUGUGUGGCUUUGGUUGUUUGCCCUGGGGCGUGCUUCUGCGUGUUUUCCCUGAUCGCUACUUUGCCGUUGUCUUUAAUUUUGUUGUUUUGCAGGCAUCUCUGUUGUUCUAUCCUUUUGGAAAGGCUCUUGGAUACAUAUCCGGUGUCUUCAAGAAGAUGGCGCGUUCGGUCGCCCGAGUAUUCUCGCGAAAGACCGCCGCCUCAGUGGAUGACCAUGUCCAUAUGGAUGAGGAGACUGGUCAGUCUGUCAGGAAGCAAAAUCACAUUGCUUCUGACUCGGUCACGUCGAAUCCUCCCCCUAUUACUAUCACGACAGUUUCUUAG